GCUCCGCCGCCCAGCAAGCAGCCAAGCGCAUGCUCGACGGCAUGUGCGGUCAAGAAUGCUCAGUGCUCGUGCUUCGGUAGUGCACAUCGGUCAGGGCAGAGCUCGACAUGCGACGGCAUCCGCGCCUCGGGCCUCGAAAGAGUGCCACUAGCCCCAGACAGAGGACCGACUCACGGCUUGGCCCCAGCGCGAGCAGGAAAGUAGGCACAGCGCUCGCAAAGCAGCUCGAGGGGUUUGCGUAUCGCUAUUUGGCAGCAUGGGGUCGCUACGUCGCACGCUCUCAGAUCAAGAUCCUCUUGCUCGUCGCGUUUGCCAUCACUUCAUUGCUCUAUCCUGCUCUCUACGCCACGGUGUCCUCAGCACCGGGCAGCACACAACAGGGCCUGUACGACGUUCUCUCGAGACCGAUACACACUCGCGCGGGCGGUGGGGAAGUCGGAGAUCUGGCACUCUGGUGGGACGAUAUAGAUGAUAUCCUGUCGAACCAGGACGAGGCGUGUUGGAAGCAAUGUCCCAGGACACGGACCAUCACCAUCGAGCAGAUACUCGUCACAACAGAAGAAGUGCUCGCUGGUCGCGCAUCUGAACAUGGCGCACUCGAUCUGCCUGCCCUCCAUUCGCUCAUGGAUGUUCAAGCGGCUCUCACGCGGGUCAGCUCGAGUUUCGCUUGCAUUGGCACCCACCGCGACGCAUGCCUCGUCCUCACGCCGCUCGACUACUGGAACCAGACAGAGAGUACACUCCUGUCGGACGACAGAUUGCUGAGCACCCUGCUGACCGAUCAAGCAUGGUCUGCACGCAACACGCCAAUGGCACAAGCCCACCUUUUGACGGGACGACACAUCGACCAACAUGAUCAUCUACAAGCGGCAGAUUACCUCGCUUUGACAUACUUUACCAGCAUAGACGGAUUAUCGGAUAGUCACAUCGAGUCUGUUGCCAAGCAAAGGCACACAGAGAUACUCAAUGCCUUCAAAAGCUCGACUGCCAAGCUGGGCAGAUUCGUCAAACCCAGGCGCCCUUCACCCACAAGACGCGUCGUACUCAAGUUUCGACCACUACUCACCGUCAAGGACAGACGAGGUGAAGAGGCUACCUUUAUCAUCGCAUAUCUCACUGUCGGCAUGUAUUGCUACCUCUCGCUGCGUCGACUGGAUCGAGUCCAUUCGAGAACAGGUCUUGUCCUGACAGGCAUUGUCGAGAUGCUCGCUUCGGGCGCGCUCUCGAUGAGUGUCUGUACCCUCUUUGGCGUUCAUUUCUACCUGGUCCCCUGGAAAUUGAUUCCCUUCCUCAUACUCGUGCUUGGCGUCGAUUCCAUCUUUGUUUUGACCAACGCCGUCAGCUCCACGUCGAUCGAUCUGCCCGUCCCAGAGCGUGUAGCACAAGGGCUCGGGCAAGUCGGCUUGUCCAUCUUCGUCACGCUCUUUGUCGAGAUCUCGCUCUUGCUCGGCGUAUACGUGCUCGUGCCGGUGCACGUAGUGCGCGAGAUCGUCGUCUUCGGCUCGGUUGCCCUACUGAACGACUACAUCCUGCAAAUGACAUUCUUCGUUACCGUCCUGUCCAUCGAUUUAGAACGUCUAGAGAUGGCCGACUUGCUACGGCAAGGAUCGAAGCUCAAGCAAACGGCCUCGACGCCAGACGACAGCACGAAAGGCUCGUUGACUCCCUCGGCAUUCAGCAAGCUACUGUCCAGCUUCAGACAAGCGGUUCUGGCUCGCGGAGCUCGCGCAAUGACAGCUGCUCUUCUUGUGUUGAUCGAUCUCUUCCUCUACGCUCGCCAUGGGCCGGGCCACUUUCUUCCAGACUUUUGCGCACAUGAUCAAGUACCGAGCGAUGUUCUGCAGCCGCUCAAGCCCAACUUUGCCAACCCACCGACGUCCUCCUCAGAAGCCUUCUGGCGCAUGAUCAAUCCGGGCAACGCAGACGCAGUCCACGUCUUCGUUCAGCCGCACUCGGUCUUUGCACUUCGCGCACGCUCGCCCGUGUUCACCGACUCGAGCCUGAUCCCUCGAGAGGUGCAGAGCGUCUUAUGGACUUUCCUCACAGUCUACUUGCUACCAGUCACUGCGACUGCAUCGCUGCUCUAUCUGCUUCUGCUCUAUCUACUCAAGGACAAGCAAUUGCUGCAAGCACGUGAUCGAUAUCAGCCCUUGCCGCAGCCAGAAGAAAUCGUCGACCAACACAAGCUUACACCGGUCCGCCUCAGACGUGCACAUCGCAGCGAUAUCGAGCUCGUUGCCAUUGGCAUGCGUAAGAUCGCUUCAUGGGCUGUGCUCGAGCCGCACAUCGUCAUCUCCGAUCUUGCUAAGGAUACCGCACAAGUCCCACGUACACGCACGCCUAGUCUGCUCAACAUGCCAAUGAAACAGCGUCCCAUCUCUAUCGCUAUCUCUGAUGAUCGCUUCUGCGCUUGCUUAUUUGACACCGGCUCGCUUGUGAUAUACAACUUGGGUGACAAAAAGCCAUUGACGUUUCAAGGCUACCAGCUUGCAAGUGUAGUCAAAUUAACUACGCUUCGCAAUGCGUUACCGCCUUACGCCCCGCCCAUGGUUGCUGUCGAUAGCUCUGUCGGCUUUUUCGCUGCAUCUCUCGAUGGCUCGCUUUCAUUCUACGACUGCGAAGCCCGUGCAUGCUCCCAAGUAAUUGCCCCUGCGCUCGCAGCAAGCACCAAAGUGGUGACAAUGCCCUUCGAAGCCAGCAAUCAGGCAACUUUUGCUCGUGUGCUCGAUGAUAGGAUACUGCAGAUCUGGCGCCGUCUUGGCUUAUUCGAUUGGCACCAACAAUUCGAGUUCCCUCUGGAGCCCCGCCUGCAUUUGCAGGCGAUCCGCUCGUGCGUUCUCAGCAGUACGCGGCUGCCAUCCUCUAGCGGCACGCUGGCUCUCGUCGGCUAUGAUGGACAUGACCUCGAGCUCUAUGAACCAAGCAGCGGUCGUUUGCUUCGCAAAUUCGCAUUUUCAGAUCGCCGGCUGAUGCAGCUGGCAACUUCGCCGUGCCAGCCGCUGCAGUGCUCAGGCUGCGGUGCCACAGUUUCAGACGGCAUGCAUGUCUUGUUAGCAGGUCAGCUGACUUGCAUACUUCUGCGCAUCGACCUCUCAAUUGGCCCUCAUACCCACGAAUCCUGUGUAUCUGCAGGCGGAUCGCUAUUUGCGCAACCGGUCAGUAGUCCGGCUUCGCCGCGGCGACCGAGAGCCUUCAGCUCCGCCUUUGCAUCGGACAUGACUGAUAUACCUCUUUCCAAUCACGGCCUACGGCGGCUGUCGCACGCGCAACCUCAUCAUCUACGGCGCAAGUCGAGCGUCGAGUUCGUCAUAACACCUGCUCCUCAUGCAGACUCGCAGUCUUCGCGAGAUGUCAGGUCUGUGAAUUCAAGCGACCAAUUGUCAGCGCCAUCUUCGCCGGGCACCUCGCCGGCAAGCGAUGAGCUACCUGCAUGGGCAACCGGUCUAUCGGCACAUGCCACGGACAUCAGACAGUGGACGCACAGAGGUAGCAUAACACUCUAUAAUGGUCGUCUCACUGGCAUCGCUCGUCGUGACACCCGGGGUACGCCGGAUCAUCCGCAUGCACAUGUCCGCAAUCCAUGGGCUGCCUGGUCAUUCGCGCCCGACGCCCUGUCGAGCGAUAACGCGCCCUCUGCGGUAGAUUCGUCCGUGUGCGCUAUCUUGCGAGAUGACUUCUUCGGCGAUUCAGUGCCCGUCUCUGUGUCAUCACCAAAGGUCCCUUCAACCGCGCUAGGUAGACUUACCGAGCAGGCGAGGCGCAAACAGCUCGAUUUCCCGCACCUGCCAAGUGCAUGCGCAGGUCCCGUAGCGGUAGCUGAGACUGGCGGCACAGUCGUCGUGGUCAUUGGCAACGAGCUCAUCAGCUUAUCGCCCGCCGGCACCAUUUGAGUAGCGUGCAGAUCACCACAUGUAGCAUGUUGUGCACGAAAUUCACGCAUCGUUGUUUGUAUGCUCUAUG